AUGCCAGACAACAGGCCAAUCGUGCUACACUACCUUGGUCCGCCCGGAACGUAUUCACAUCAAGUGUCUCUUGAUCUAGUACCAAAUUUACACUUUGAUCGGACGUAUUCAGAUGACAAGGGAAAACGAAAGAGUGAAAGUCUAAAGGUUGCCCUGAAGCCAUGCAAGUCAAUAAGAGAAACUUUCAAAGGAGCUCAAGAGCUAGCAGCACAAUCUAAUCUAUUCAGUUUAGCACUUUUGCCAUUCGAAAACAACUCAAAUGGACCAGUACAGGAUUCGUAUGGUAUCCUUCACAAUGCAUUUGCAUCUACAUCAAGAUUUUGGAUCGUAGCUGAGGCUUACUUACCAGUCUCACACUCACUUUUAGUCACAAAAGAGGUUUGGGCAAAAUUGAAAGGAGACAAAGAACAAGUAGAGCUGUCGGAUCUACAAAAGCUUGAUCAGACUUCUAGUCAUCCACAAGCACUAGGACAAUGCUCAAAGUUCAUCAAGGAACAUAUGCGUGCAGAUAUACAUCUUCAUGAAUCAAACUCUACCGGAGAAGCAGCCCAGCAGCUCCUUAAUCUCCCAUCAGAAGGUGGAGAAUCAUCUUUGGAGAGAUUAAGAGCAUGUAUUGCAAGCAAAGUAUGCACAAAGGCCGAUGUAUACGAUCUCGUAGAGAUAUUUGGAAAUAUUCAAAACAGCAACGGAAAUACAACACGAUUCCUUCUUUGUAGAUUGCCACAGGGGAUAAAGCAAGAUCAAAUGUUUGUGGAGAACUAUCAAAAGUUCACUAAUAAAACAGUCGAUCGUUGUCGCUUCAUCUAUCAUCUCACUGAAAAGAACAUAAGUGAUAACAGCCUGUUUACAUUUAUGGACUCUGUUCGUCGAACAGAUGUGCAUGAUCCAGACUAUUCGGGAAAAUAUACAGAUCCCGUAACGUUGGACAUCAAAAUUCGAAAGGUCGAUCGGUCUACGAUUCGGUCCAACGACCUAAAUAAUGUGGAAGAGGAAGAUUAUACAUGUUCGGAAGGAAUAUGGGGUUACACCUACCUUGCAGAAAUGGAAAUAAGUCAAAGCAGUGCCGGUGAAAUUAUGAGCAAAGAAACUUCAGACGGAAAAAGACGAAAGCUUAUAGCGGAGCCGAUCAAGUUUUCCAAGCUUGAAAGGGCAGUCGAACGGUAUUUAAGUGAAACAGAUGCAAACUUUCAUCUCGACAAGAUAGAGUCAAAGGUACAAUUACUUGGACGUUGGUAUGUGUGA